AUGUAUCGUCAGAUCUUGGUUUCUGAUAAGGACAAAAGUUAUCAAAUGAUAUACUGGCGUGCUAGUCCAGAUGAUCCACUCCAAACGUACAAACUCAAUACAGUUACAUAUGGGCUUAAUUGUUCCCCUUUUAUUGCAAUCAAAACCUUGCACCAGCUAGUUUUGGACGAAGGUCAACCAUACCCACAAGCUUCUGAUAUCUUGACCAAGUCUAUCUUCUAUGAUGAUAUUAUAGCUGGAGCUGAAGAUCUCGAUAAAGCUAUGUCAGCUCAAAAUGAACUGAAAACAUUGCUGUCUAAAGGCGGUUUUGAACUCCGUAAGUGGAUCAGUAAUGCACCCCAACUCUUGGAUCAGAUUCCAGUCGAACACAAAGAAUCACCAGUGGAGUUGACUGAUGGUAGUGAGGCCUUCUACAGUGUAUUGGGUUUAAGAUGGACCCCAGAGACAGACAUGCUCUCAUACAAAGUAAAGAAUGUUGAAGUAGGCCACUUGCUAACCAAGAGAAUGAUUCUCUCAACAAUCGCUAAACUCUAUGAUCUCCCAGGAUUUCUCACACCUGUAAUAUUUUGGGCUAAAACACUCAUUCAAUAUCUUUGGACCACAGGUCUAAAAUGGGAUGAUCCAAUUCAAGAUGAGAUAAGAACAAAAUGGAUUUCCUUUUUAGAAGAACUACCCGUGAUCCAAAACCUAAGGAUCCCACGUUACAUCUUUACCUCAACUCAUAAGCUUGCAGAACUUCAUGGUUUCAGCGAUGCUUCGGAGAAAGGAUAUGCUGCAGUAGUCUACCUCCGUGUGAUCAACUUAUCGAAUGAUGUUAAAAUUAAUCUGAUAAUGGCCAAAUCUAAAGUCGCCCCACUAAAAAGAGUAUCUCUGCCUCGUCUCGAACUGUGCGGUGCUCACCUACUUGGAAAGCUCCUGCAAUACUGUUCAAAUCUUCUUUCGUCCCACAUUAAGAUUGACUCGAUGUAUGCUUGGUGUGACUCUACCAUUGUUCUUACAUGGAUACGCACUCACCCCUAUCGCUUAAAAGUCUAUGUGGCCAACCGUGUCUCAGAACUACAAGAAUUAAUCUCUCCUGAAUCAUGGCAUUACGUCAAGUCCCUCGACAACCCAGCAGAUUGUGCAACCCGAGGACUCUCCCCAUCUCAACUCUUAAGCCACCAAUUGUGGUGGAAGGGACCUGAAUGGUUAUACUUGUCAUCAGAUCUUUGGCCAAAGCCCGAAUUCAGUUUAAUCACUGAUCAAGACACUCUUGAAGUCAAACCAAAUCCCUUGAAUGUCCUAGUUAACGUUGAAAAGUUAGAAAAUGACAGAUUUGAUUUACUUGAAAAAUUCUCAUGCUUUAGAAAACUUGUAAAUGUCACUGCUUAUGUUCUACGAUUCAUCCAUUAUCUUCGUGGGAACGCCCGACUAGCUGGACAACUUAGUUAUAAAGAGAUCUCUUCUGCUAAAAUGAAUCUCUUCAAACUCAUUCAAAUUUCAUCUUUCAAGGAUGACAUCACAGCUCUGAAAAAGGGCACUCAGUGCAGCUUAAGACUGGCUCGGUUAUCACCUUACAUUGACGAUAACGGUUUGGUAAGAGUAGGCGGUAGGUUGAAACAUUCAAACCUUACUCAAGAUGCCAAAUACCCAAUCCUGUUACCUAAAUCUCAUAAUGUUGUAAAACUGUUGGUCAUGCACUAUCAUCUCAAAUAUUUACACGCAGGCCCUCAGUUGCUGCAAUCGAUCCUCACUCAAGAAGUAUGGAUAUUAUCUGCUCGUAGUGUAAUCAGAUCUGUAAUCUUUAAAUGUCAAAGAUGUUUUAAGUUGAAACCUACAAAUCAACCUCCACUUAUGGGAGACUUACCCGAAACUCGACUACGGCCUGUAAGACCAUUCUAUCAUACUGGCAUGGAUUAUAGCGGUCACUUUGAAGUGAAAGUACACACCACUAGGAAUUCUCAAAAGCUUAAGUCAUACCUCUGCCUAUUUGUUUGCUUUACCACAAAAGCGGUGCACUUGGAAGUUGUAACUGAUCUCUCAGUGGACUCAUUCAUUGCUGCUCUUAAAAGAUUUGUUUCUCGUCGUGGACUUUGUGCUCACCUAUACUCUGAUUGUGGAACGAACUAUGUCGGUGCCUCCAAGCAACUGAAUAAGACCUUCCAGAAUUUCAUUGAUGAAAGGAAUACUCAAGAUGCUCUCACUAACUUCGCCCUCGAUCAUUCAAUUAAUUUUCAUUUCCAACCACCAGCCGCGCCUCACCAAGGAGGCCUUUGGGAGAGUGCCAUAAAGAGCUCAAAGUACCAUCUCAAGAGAGUAAUUGGAGAUCAAAUUCUAACACUAAUGGAGCUGAUAACUCUUGUCACGCAGGUGGAAGCAGUAUUGAACUCUCGUCCACUAACAGCAGAUCCAUCUGACAUCACAGCACUCACCCCAGGUCAUUUUCUCAUCGGGACAUCUCUUGUUGCAGUACCUGAAGUAAAUGUAUCCGAUAUUCCUGACAAUCGACUAAAGCAAACAGUUCAGUUGGCAAACAGUUCAGGCUCUACAUCAACGCUUCUGGAGAAGGUGGCACCAAGAGUAUUUGCACCAGCUUCAACAAAGAAAAAAGUGGAUGAAGCCAAACAAGAAUCUUGA